AUGAAGCUCUCACUGAAGCUCCAAGAUGACCAAAACCCUCUCCUAAAGGCCAAAAUACCCAUUUCCAUAUUUAGCCAGCCCUUCAUUUCUAGCCUCACCACCACCACCCCAACCACCAGCAGCAACAAAUCCUCUCAAGACACUUCCUUUUCUCUCUCCACAAAUUUCCCUUCUGGCCCUUCUCUCAAACUGUCAUAUGCUCCCUCAACGUCCCCUACCACCACAAUCCCUUUCUCUAUUUCUCUGAAGUCUGGUCUUGGCCUCUUGGGCUCACCUAAAGAUUCCCCUCUUGUUUUCACUGCUCAGUUUUCUCUUUCAUCCACUAAACCCGGAACUGUGAUCCCCACUUUCUCUCUCCAUUUCAAGCCCCAAUUCGGCAACUUUGCUCUUCACAAGGCCACUUCAUCAAACCCUAGCCUUGAACCAGAUUCUGGGUCUCACUCCAUUCCUGGAACCCAGUUCCAAUCUGGGUCAUCUUCAAAUUCUGAAUUUGGAAAUGGGUUUGCCCUAGAUGGGUCAUCAGUUUGGCAAGAAGUGAAAUUGGAACCUCGUAGUGGAGUUGAUGAUGGGCUUGAAACCUCUAAGCUUGGCUAUGGAAAAGGUUUAUAUUCAAAUGAUGGGUUCGGUACAGAGAGGUCAUUGGUGAGGGAAGAUGGUAAGAAAGCUGGGAUUUUUGGUGGAAUUGCUGUUAGAGCAAGAACAUUGUUUCCUGUGACAAAAAGGGCGGUGGUGAAUUUGAGGUGGGCUGUGAAUUUGCCUUCGGAUGUGGGGUCAAAAAUGCCAUAUUUGACAGUAAACAAGAUUGGGAUUGAGAGAGUCGAGGAGGUUAAGGAGGUGACGGAAGUGAAGAGCAAGAGUAUUGAAAGUAAUGUGGAUGAUUUGGAAUUGUUGAAAGGUAUGUAUUCAUGGAUGAAAAGGGAUUUGGAAACGUUGGAGAAUGAGAAUAGGGAAAUGAAGCAGUGUCUUCAUGAUAUGAGACUUGGGGUUUCAGCUAAGAAUGUUCGUAGGGAAAGUGAGGGUAUUGGGAGGAGGGUUUCCACACCUUCUGUGGAGAACUCAAACGAGUUUGAGCGAUGGAGGGGCAAGAAAAUUGUUGCUGACGACAAUGGUGGAAGAGAAGUGAAGAAGAGUGUAAACAAGAUGAGUGAUGUGGAAAGUGAAUUGCAGAAAGCUAUUAAGGCUGCAUCGAGUUAA